AUCUCUGCUCCAUCAGUCUCAUUUACAUCACAGUCCCUUCAACUAUUGACACUGGAGCUCCAUCCUGUCCAGUAUCCCACAAAGAAAGCAGCAACACCAUGCUGGACAGUGCAGGCACUUCACCAUGGUAAUAACUUCUGCUCCCAGGCAGAACACAGGAAGGUGAUGAGCAGUACAGCAGCAGCAAAAGCAAAAAAUGGCCGUUGACAAGCUCUAGACUCUAAUAUUCAGUCAGGAAAUGCAGCCACGUGGCGAGAACAGGAGCCUGCUCAUUUCCAGCUGAAUACCACUAGCUGAAUGUGGUGUGGCUGGCAUACUUGACAGUGAAGACUGAGGCAGAAGUUCUUCUCAGACUUCUUCAUAUCCCAGAUGGCUCUGGUUCCUGUGAACAUCGUGACUGAUUUCUGUAGCUUGUCCAGCUGAAGUGAAGAAACUUCUGUGGUUCAGUGUAGAGGUCACAGAGGCCACAAGUGAGUGAAACUUCAUCAGCGCCACCUGCUAAAUGACAGGCAGGAUGAUAUUGUUGAAUGCUUCAUCUUGAACCACCCAGCCUUCAGACGCUCUCCUGUAUAUCCAGCACCUGCAGCAGCCCUGUAAAACAUCACAAUGACUAAACAGGACAAGUCAACAGAAGGAAACGAUGGCAGUGAUGACAAUGAAGAAGGCAGUGCAGUUGAGAAUGAAGAAAAUGCCAAAGGAACAGAUAAAGAGAGGAAGAGGGCAACACCAAGAACCAGAAGAGCACGUGCCAGAGGGAGAGACAGGCAUGGUGAUGAGGAAGAUGAGGAUGAUGAAGAUGGGAUGAGGAGAGCUGGACAUCGCAGGCACAGAAACCGUAGACGAGGACGAGCAGCUGGAAAUGAGGCCAGUGAUUCUGAUAUGGAACCUGCAAAAGCCAAGAAGAAUCAAGCAAAUCAGAAAUCCAAGGAAGAUGAUGAAGAAGAUGAAGAUGAGAAAGGGGGUAAAAGUGGGAAAGGUAAAAAUGAGAAGAAAGGGGACAAAAAGUCUGAUAAAAAAGGGAAAAAAGAGAAGGCCAACAAGAAGAAAAAAGACAAAAAGAAAUCAGGAUCAGGCUCUGAUUCUGAAUCUGAGGAGGAGCCAAUUACAGAGGAGGAGUUGGCCAAGCUGAAAGAAGAGGUAGAAGAAAAAAAGAAACUGAUUGCCACACUACGAAACAAGCCAUGGAAGAUGAAAAAGAAGUUGUCUGUCCUGAAGGAAGCACAACUUUUUGUUGAGAAGUUUGAAGGUGCUCUUGGAAAAGGAAAAGGAAAAAAAUUCUAUGCAUACAAAGUGAUGAUGACCAAGAAAUGGAUGAAAUUUCAAAGAGAUUUUGAAAAUUUUAAGACAGCCUGCAUACCCUGGGAAAUGAAAAUUAAGGAGAUUGAAAGUCACUUUGGCUCAUCAGUAGCAUCUUAUUUCAUAUUCUUGCGUUGGAUGUAUGGAAUAAAUAUGAUUCUCUUUGGAUUGACCUUUGGUCUUGUAAUGGUGCCUGAGGCUUUGAUGGGUAAGCCGUAUGGCUCUUUGCCUAGAAAAACUGUCCCAAGAGCUGAAGAAGCAACUGCUAUGAAUUUUGCUACACUCUGGGAUUUUAGUGGCUUUGCACAGUAUUCUGUACUCUUUUAUGGUUAUUACAAUAACCAGAGGACAAUCGGGUGGCUCAAGUUCAGGAUGCCUCUUUCAUAUUUCCUUGUUGGAGUUGGGUCUAUUGGCUAUAGCUUUAUGAUUGUCACUCGAACAAUGGCAAAGAAUGCAAAUGAUGAUGGUGGUGGGGACGACACUAGUUUUAAUUUCAGCUGGAAAAUGUUCACAAGCUGGGACUACCUGAUUGGCAAUCCUGAGACAGCAGAUAAUAAGUUUGCCUCCAUCACAACAAGCUUUAAGGAAGCAAUUGUGGAGGAGCAGGAGAGCCGAAAAGAAGAAAAUAUUCAUUUGACUCGAUUCCUAAGGGUUCUUGCUAAUUUCUUAGCCCUAUGCACGCUUGCUGGAAGUGGCUACCUCAUCUUUUUUGUUGUCAGAAGAUCCCAGCAAUUUGCCUUGGAAGGUCUGGAGAACUACGGGUGGUGGGAAAGAAAUGAAGUGAACACGGUUAUGUCACUUUUAGGAAUGUUCUGUCCAACUUUAUUUGAUGUAAUCAGUUCUCUGGAAAAUUACCAUCCUCGAAUAGCUCUAAGAUGGCAGCUGGGAAGAAUCUUUGCUCUUUUUCUUGGCAAUCUCUACACUUUCAUUAUUGCCCUAAUGGACGAAAUCAACCUCAAGUUGGAAGAAGAAAAGAUUGUCAAAUAUAACAUGACAAUAUGGGAAGCCAGUCUGUACAAUGGUACUAUUCCAGAAAAUUCAACUGCUCCUCCAAUACAGGUGGAUCCUGCCGAUGUCCCCAGAGGACCAUGUUGGGAAACAAUGGUAGGACAGGAAUUUGUGCGCCUGACAGUCUCCGACAUGAUGACAACAUACAUCACAAUUCUAAUCGGCGAUUUUUUGAGAGCUGUCUUUGUUAGGUUUUUCAAUUAUUGCUGGUGCUGGGAUUUGGAGUACGGAUUUCCAUCAUAUUCUGAGUUUGAUAUAAGUGGAAAUGUGCUGGGACUGAUCUUUAACCAAGGCAUGAUCUGGAUGGGAUCUUUUUAUGCUCCAUGUCUCCCAGCAAUCAAUGUGUUCCGUCUCCACACAUCGAUGUACCUGCAGUGCUGGGCAGUGAUGUGCUGCAAUGUACCCCAAGAACGGGUCUUCAAGGCUUCCAGAUCCAAUAACUUCUACAUGGCUAUGCUGCUUUUCAUCCUUUUUCUCUCCACACUGCCUGCUGUGUACACCAUUGUCUCCAUCCCACCAUCUUUUGACUGUGGUCCUUUCAGUGGGAAGACUAGGAUGUUUGAAGUCAUAUCAGAAACUCUGGAGCACGACUUUCCUUCCUGGUUUGGGAAAGUAUUUGGUUAUGCCUCUAAUCCAGGACUUAUCCUACCCUUUAUACUGCUGAUGGUCCUGAGCAUUUAUUAUCUCAACGCAACAUCCAAAUCCUACAAGGAAGCUAACUUGGAACUUAAAAAGAAGUUACAAAGUCAAGCAGAAGAAAAUAAAAGAAGAAAUAAACAAAAGGCACAAAAAUCAAAUGAACAAGAGGAGAAUCCAUUUGAGACAGACCCGCCACCGGCAAAGCCCAAAGGAGACAAACAAGAUGAAUCUACUUCAAACAAAGACAGCAAGAAAGGACAGGAUGGCAAUGGAUCAAAGAAGACAGGCCAGCCACAAGAAGCCAGCUCCUCUCAGACACUCCAACAUCCUGGCCCUGUCCUGAAUGGCCACUAUCCUCCACAGAGCCGAGGAGGAAACCUUCCUCCACCAUCCAUAGCUGUGACAAGGCCACCGGGGCCCAGGAGGCCUGGAGUGCCAGGCUAUCCACCUGGAAAUGCAUGCUUCCCAGGGAUGCAGCCAGGAGUGCCCAGGGGCCCUCCCAUGUACAGAUAAGGAGCCUUAAGAAUAUAUAAGAAGACACUGAAGGAUAAAAGCGUAGUUCUAAAACCCAAACACAUUCCUGUAAGCUCAGAACCUUGCUAUGUUUGUCGUAUAUCUUCAUGUGCAUAGAAGUAACCCAUGUGCUUCAGUUUUUUGCAGCAUGGAAACUUUAGAAGAAAACAUGGCAUGUGUCUUCUUGCAUUUGAAGGCAUUGUGAAAAUAUGUUGUCUGUAUCAAUAAAUUGCUAAAUUACAGAUUUUUAUGGGGAUACUUGUUUAGAAUACUGGAAAACAUUUUGUAUUCAGCUGACUUUUAUUAAAAGCUUGAAAUUUUGUCCCUAAUAUAUUUUCCUUUUCCUAAAAAGAUUUCUCUGAAAGCACAGCUUUGUAUAAAGUUUAUGAGAAUCAGUUAAACCUUGAAUAUAUCUUGUCCUCUGCAGUUCAAAUUUGCUUAGCCAAAGAUUUUAGAUUGUACAUGGGGAAACUAGGACCAAAACCAGGGAAAUCCGCAUGAUUCCAUCUAUAAGUUUCUGUAAAAGUUUUUAAAAGGGAAAAGAAAAGCAAUGGUUUACCUGUAACUAUGAAGAAAAUUUAACUCCUAUUACAGUACCACUUUCAGCUAGUAACUCCUAUUACACAACUGCUUUAAGCUAUGUGUUUUAUCACAUUCUUGAAGAUGAGAAAUACAUUUUAAAAAUCAGAGUCAUAAAGGAGUAUCUCCUGUGCAGGAAAAUAUAUUUGGGGAAUGGACAUAAGACAAUUAUUGAUUAAUUUCUCCUAAAUGCCCUAGUAGCAUAGUCACACUUAACAUUGCAUAAGAAUGUGUACUGCAUAAUCUUCUCUGUGAAAUUAUGACUGGAUACCUGUAUUGCUCUCUAUAUAGUCCAAGGUGGAACAAGUUAUUUUCCUGACAGGUCUUGUGGAAACACAGGAUAGAUAUAAGCCCAGGGGCAAGUUGAUGUUACCUAAUUCAAUAAGAUAGGUUGAUUGUUUUUUUUUUUUUUGUUUUGAUCUUAUUUCCUUUUUCAGAACAUUGGUCUUAAUAAUUAUUUUAAGACUCACAAGCUUAAUAACAAUAAAAUUAAUCAACUUACUGUCUUCCAAAAAAUAAAUGUAAUUCCAUUGAGGGCCUUCUGUAUAACAGAGAUUCAUUUUGUGUAGUAAAAAAGUCUUAACCAUAUCCUAGUAUAAAACAAGUCUGUGACAUCACAAAACAACCUCCACUUAAUUAGAUUGUGGAUCUUUUUUAAAAAAGGCUUACAAAACCCCCCAGCAUAGUCUAUGUAUCCCCAUAAACCACAGUGAUCCAGAUACAACUUCCAGCUCAAGCAAUCUUUAAAUCCAUCCCCAGAGUUUGGAAGGAUUAACCAAAGGAAAGUUCACUUUAUACUGGACUUGUCUGUUCUACUGCUUCCGUGAGCAUGAUACUAGAUGUAUCUGCAACUGGGGUGCUGUGAGUCUUAUAUUUUAAGUCAGAGAGAGUACAGAUAAGUGCAGUGUAAGUUGUUUCACCUUUCUCAUCUAUGAACUUCAGACUCAUGGAAAAAGUACAGUAAUUCAAACUGUUUACUAACUGAUAAUAUGAUUUGUUUUAAAACUGCAUAUGUCUUUAUUCCAGAAACAAAAGCUUGCCACUUUUCUUACUGAAGCUAAGCAUGAGACCCAGUAUAGCAAUGUUUUCAUGCUUUUAACAAAAACUUUUUCCUACAAGCUGGGCUUGAUCUAUCCUAAAAUAUCUAUUUACACAGAGAUUUUAGUUCAUUGUUUGUUAGCAUUUCAUAAUAAGAAAACUCAGGGUAUUCCUCAGAAAAUAGAUUAUUUUUUUAUAGAACAGGUGAAGAAACUGAGUUUAAAGAUAUGUUAUAGCUUAGGGAGUUUUUCAAGAGGUGUUGGAGUAAAUUAGAGUUGUAAAGUACUUUUAAUGCAGUCUGGUUCCCUAAAAUGUAGAGGGAUGUUUGCAUCACAUAUACAGACCUUAAUAAGGAUUCCUUGUUCUGUCAGGAGUGAAAAUUUCCUGGGGAUGUUAAGGGCUUUCUCAUUGUUAGUGGUUUUAGUAUUUCAUUCUGUAUGAUUGCUCCACAUUGUGAAUGGAAGAGAGACUCAGCAGAGAAUCCACCAGGUAAAAUUGUUCUGGGGAGCUUUCUGUUAGAUCUGUAUGCUAGACUGAUUUUCAACAAUCAAUGUGUUCUCAUAAAAUACAUGAAUAUGUAGAGAUGAGCAUGUAAUAGCCAAUAUGAAUAACAAUAGCAAAGCUAGAUGUUGUUAUUUGAUUGAAAAUGAGACAUUUAUUUUUAUUCUUUGGUACUUAAAAGUAAAGGUAUUUCAUCACUCUAUUUUGUGAUGCUUUUUUUUUUUUUUUCAGUACAACAUGGAACUGUUGCUAAUGUUAGGAUGCAAAGCACUGCCCGUAUCAUAUUUGGGUGUAAACGUUCUCUGUGAAGCAUUUUCUUGUACUUAUAUUAUUAGAAGAUUUUAGAUUAGUGUAAAAAGCUGAAAGUUAUUUGGCAUUAAUAAUAAUUCAAAGUAAGAAUAAAUAUAAUCUCCCUGUGUGUGGGGAACAGCUGAAUGUACUGAUCUGCACUUCAAAGGUCUAUUUUAUUCUGCUUAACAUGAAAAUUUAAAGAAAGGAUCUAGUAUAUGACAUCAGAAUAUUUUUCUUUCUUUUGAGAUGUAACAUCUCAGUUGCAGUGCAUAGUCAAAGAAAGUUAUGAAUCACAUCUGGUGGUGUGUUAGUAAAAUAAUAAUGAGGAAUAGUAUUAGGCACUUUGAAGCUUGUUUGAUCAUUGACUUUUGUUGAAAUGUUUUAAGCAUUUUUAACAUAAUAGCCUCCUCUCUUAAUAUCACAGGCAUGUAAAUUUUCAAAAAUAUUGGUGAUUUAGUUUGGAAAUUGCAAAAGGAAAGAGAAUUUCCAAUACCUGGAAGUGUAUUGGAAGUGGUUGAUUUUCCACUUUGAUCCAUUCUUAUAUGUCUGCAUUAGUAUCAUACACAACUAAUGAUAUAUUCAGUAAAUAAUGUUAAUCACUUAACAUUUGACUCCUUUGUCUGUGUUCUUGCCAGCUUUCCAGUGUUGUAGAGAGCUUUUAAUA